UUCUUCGAUCGGCACCCGGGCGUCUUCGCCUACGUGCUCAACUACUACCGCACCGGCAAGCUGCACUGCCCGUCCGACGUGUGCGGGCCGCUGUUCGAGGAGGAGCUCGGCUUCUGGGGCAUCGACGAGACCGACGUGGAGCCCUGCUGCUGGAUGACCUACCGGCAGCACCGCGACGCCGAGGAGGCGCUGGACAUCUUCGAGACCCCCGCGACAGAGCCUGAGGCCAGCAAUUGCUCUUUCCAGGACAGAAGUUGCUCAUGUGCUGCGGCUACUGGGGCCAGCUCCUCUCCCGAGCCGGGGGACAGCUGCCCCACCCUCUGCCUGCCCUUUUGCAGCUUUAGUGGGGGAGAGGGAAGCAUUUGGGCUGGGAAAGGAGCCACCGGGAGGGUCCUAUGGAGGUGGCUGGCUGACCAGAUGCCCGGGUCACCUUUUGCCUUCUCUCUCCCACCUGCCCCGCAGUAUGUGGCCUUCGCCUCCCUCUUCUUCAUCCUCAUCUCCAUCACCACCUUUUGCCUGGAGACCCACGAGGGCUUCAUCCACAUCAUCAACAAGACGGUGACGCAGGCCUCCCCGAUCCCCGGGGCCCCCCCGGAGAACAUCACCAACAUCGAGGUGGAGACGGAGCCCUUCCUGACCUACGUGGAGGGCGUGUGCGUGAUCUGGUUCACCUUCGAGUUCCUCAUGCGCAUCACCUUCUGCCCGGACAAGGUGGAAUUUCUCAAGAGCAGCCUCAACAUCAUCGACUGCGUGGCCAUCCUGCCCUUCUAUCUCGAGGUGGGCCUGUCGGGCCUCAGCUCCAAGGCCGCCAAGGACGUGCUGGGCUUCCUGCGGGUCGUCCGCUUCGUGCGCAUCCUGCGCAUCUUCAAGCUCACGCGGCACUUCGUGGGGCUGCGGGUGCUGGGCCACACGCUGCGCGCCAGCACCAACGAGUUCCUGCUGCUCAUCAUCUUCCUGGCGCUGGGCGUGCUCAUCUUCGCCACCAUGAUCUACUACGCGGAGCGCAUUGGCGCCGACCCGGAUGACAUCCUGGGCUCCAACCACACCUACUUCAAGAACAUCCCCAUCGGCUUCUGGUGGGCCGUGGUUACCAUGACAACCCUGGGCUACGGAGACAUGUACCCCAAGACGUGGUCGGGGAUGCUGGUCGGGGCGCUGUGUGCCCUGGCGGGGGUGCUCACCAUCGCCAUGCCCGUGCCCGUCAUUGUCAACAACUUUGGCAUGUACUACUCGCUGGCCAUGGCCAAGCAGAAGCUGCCCAAGAAGAAGAAUAAACAUAUCCCCCGGCCCCCGCUGCCCGGCUCCCCCAAUUACUGCAAGCCCGACCCGCCAUUGCCGCCCCUGCCUCCCCCUCACCAUGGCAGUGGUGGUAUCAGCCCUCCGCCUCCCAUCACCCCGCCCUCCAUGGGGAUGACGAUGGCCGGGGCCUACCCUCCGGGGCCCCACUCGCACCCCGGGCUGCUCAGGGGGGGAGCGGGUGGGCUCGGGAUCAUGGGGCUGCCCCCUCUGCCAGCCCCUGGGGAGCCCUGCCCGUUGGCUCAGGAGGAAGUGAUUGAGAUCAACCGGGCAGAUCCCCGCCCCAACGGGGACCCAGCAGCAGCUGCGCUCGCCCAUGAGGACUGCCCAGCCAUCGACCAGCCCGCCAUGUCCCCGGAAGACAAGAGCCCCAUCACCCCUGGGAGCCGGGGCCGCUACAGCCGGGACCGAGCUUGCUUCCUGCUCACGGACUACGCCCCUUCCCCUGAUGGCUCCAUCCGAAAAGGUUACGAGAAAUCCCGCAGCCUGAGCAGCAUCGCGGGCCUG